AUGCUUCAAAACGGGAAAUCCAUCCGAGCACAUGCCACCGAGGUCAAUUCGGUGUGCUUUAGCGGCAGUGGCAAGGUGGCGGCGUUCACUGCCAGCAGUGACGGCACCGUACGAGCGUGGGAUUUGUGCUCGUGCCAGGCCAAGGCAGACUACCGUGGCCUCGGGAUGUCGCAGCCGUUCAUUUGCGUGCGCGUCCCCGAAGACGGCGAACUUGUGCUCGGUGAGAAGAACUAG